AUGAGGAUUUUAUAUCAACUCCAAGGCCAGGCAAUCCUCGACGUUGACGAUAUCUCCACUCGCCGCUCCUCUACUUUCCUCAACGUCGUCGCUCUCGGCAAUGUUCUGCAUUUUCAUGCCCAAAUAAUAGCUGUUUUUAAAUCUAAGGUUUCUUCCUCCCGAACUCCAAUCAGCAUCAAUUUACAGAGCAGCAAAUCCAUAGUAUUGCAGAUUGACAAUAAAUCCCAGCAAAUUUCUGCAGGUGCUUUAAGGCAUUCUCUGCAAGAUAGACUGAGUAAGAGUUCCUCAGGCAGAAGCCGAGAUGAAACAAGCACAGCCCCUCCCCUUAAAUUGAUUGAUUUACCGGGGCUUGAUCAAGGGAGCGUGGAUGAGUCUAUGCUAGGUGAAUAUGCGGAGCACAAUGAUGCAAUUUUCCUGAUUAUAAUACCUGCAUCACAAGCACCUGAAGUUGCUUACUCUAAAUCCCUUAGAGCUGUCGAGGAAUAUGAUGGAGAUGGUACAAGAACCGUUGGAGUUAUUAGUAAGAUAGACCAAGCCGUGUGAGAUCAGAAAGCACUUGCAGCAGUCCAGGCUCUGCUCUCAAAUCAGAGGCCAUCAAGAGCAUCUGAUAUUCCCUGGGUUGCUCUAAUAGGUCAAUCAGUUUUGAUAGCUUCAGCACAGUCUGGUUCUGAGAAUUCUUGGGAAAAUCCGCGGAGGGCUGAAAGUGAAAGUCUUAAAUCCUUUCUGACUGGUGCUCCUCAAAGUAAGCUACAAGGCAGAAUAGCACUAGUGGAUGCUUUGGCCCAGCAAAUUCGUAGUGGUAUGAAAGUCCGGCUUCCGAACUUCCUUUCUGGGUUACAAGGGAAGUCUCAAAUAGUUAAGGAUGAGUUGGUAAAGCUUGGUGCCUCCAUGGUACAGAGUGCUGAAGGUACUAGAUCUCUUGCUUUGGAGCUUUGUCGUGAAUUUGAGGGUAAGUUUCUCCUACACAUUACAUCUGGUGAGGGUUCUGGUUGGAAAAUGGUUUCAAGUUUUGAAGGAAAUUUUCCCAAUAGAAUAAAGCAACUACCAUUAGGUCGACAUUGUGAUAUCAACAACGUCAAAAGGAUCGUGUUGGAACCAGAUGGUUAUCAGCCUUAUCUCAUAUCUCCUGAAAAAGGUUUGAGGUCAUUAAUAAAAGGUGUCUUAGAGCUUGCAAAGGAACCGUCACGUCUUUGUGUGGAUGAGGUAAACCGUGUCCUGGUAGAUAUAGUGUCUGCUGCUGCAAAUGCUACUCCAGGUCUUGGAAGAUACCCUCCUUUCAAGAGGGAGAUCGUGGCCAUUGCAACUAAUGCAUUAGAUGUGUUCAAGACUGGCAAGAAAAUGGUGGUUGCACUAGUUGAUAUGGAGCGUGAUUUUGUGCCUCCUCAGCAUUUCAUUCGCUUGGUACAGAGGAGGAUGGAGAGGCAGCGUAGAGAGGAAGAAGUGAAAACUCAAUCCUCGAAGAAAGGACAAGAGGCAGAGCAAUCAAUAAUGAACAGGUCAAGUAGUCCUCAAACAGGGGGUCAACAAUCAGGCGGAACCCUAAAAUCGUUGAAGGAUAAAUUUAGCGAGGAGAAAGAAGUCCCUGAAGCAUCUGGUUUGAAGACUGCAGGUCCUGAAGGGGAAAUAACUGCAGGGUUCUUAUAUAAAAAGAGCGCCAAGAGUAAUGAGUGGAACAAGCGAUGGGUAGUUCUGCAUGUGUUUUUGAGGUAAUUUAGCUCAUAAUUAUAUUUACAGGAAUGUAAUGUUGAAGAGAUAGAAGAGGAAGAACCUGCUCCAUCAAAGAGUUGGAAGGAUAAGAAGGCAAAUGGGCCAGAUAUACCACCUAGUCUGGCAUUUAAGUUCACUAGCAAGGUUCCAUACAAAACUGUAGCACAUAGUUCUGUUGUGUUGAAGGCUGAGACUGGAGGAUGGUAAUGUAAAGCGACGAAGAGAGAAGUACCAGAAACAGAAUGGUGAUGCAAGUGGUGGUUCAAACACUGGGAGCCGACAUACUCCUAAUUGGUUGCCAUCUCCACCACCUGGGCCUUCUGGAAGCAGAUACUUCUAGGUCUUCCCCGCCUCAUUAGUUUUCUAUUUGAAUCUUUAGAUGAAGAGAAUGGGGUGUUUUUGUACAGAGAAGACUACAUUCAUGUGAGGUUGUUACUUCACAAGGAUGGAUUCGAGGCAUACUCACUCUAUUGCGCCUGUCAUUAUUUUGAUUUGGUAUGAUGUACCAUGUAGCUCUGAUUUAUGAAGAUUGAGAAUUGACAUUGAAAAAUGAAUCUAUUCAUGAAUCACACAAAGUGUAUAUCAGGGAGUU